CUCUCUCCUCUCGCGUCUCGACCCCUCCUUUUCUCCUCCCCCUUCUAUUUCUCCUCGUCAUCUCCUCACUCCCCACGCAACCCCGAGGAGAGAGAGAGAGAGAGAGAGAGAGAGAGAAGGGGGAGCCCAAAAUGCCCGCGCAGAAGCGGCCGCAUCCGCCGCCGCACAACGACGAUCACCACCACCACGGCGGCGGCGGCGGAGGUGGGGGCGGUAGCGGCGGAGGAGGUGGCGCUGGGGCCGGAGACGCCUCGCCACACCCUUCGUCUUCGUCGCCUCCGCCACCCCAGCAGCAGCAGGUGAAAGAAGCGAAGGAAGAGGAGGAGGAAGAGGAGGAGGAAGAAGAUGAGGCGGAGGAUGCGGCGGAGGACGGCGAGGAGCCGCCGCCGACGCCGCAGCCGCCGCCGAAGGUGGAGCCUCCGGUGGACCAGGACGAUUCAGAUGGCGAAGGCCAGAGCGAGUCGUCCCAGAGCGCGGGCGACAGGGACGAGUUUAUUCUGGUAAAGUUAGCAGAUAUACGAAAAGAAGUUCAAUGCCCUAUAUGCUUAGGCAUAAUUCGAAAGACUAGAACAGUUAUGGAGUGCCUACACAGGUUCUGUAGGGAGUGUAUUGAUAAAUCUAUGCGGCUUGGAAAUAAUGAGUGUCCAGCAUGCCGUACGCAUUGUGCAAGUCGACGUUCUUUGAGGGAUGAUCCAAACUAUGAUGCCCUUAUUGCUGCUUUAUAUCCAGAUAUUGAUAAGUAUGAGGAAGAGGAACUCGCUUUUGAUGAAGAGGAGAGGUCUCGCAAUAGGAAGAUUCAAGAAUCCAUAGCUGAAACGCUGCGGCGGCAAGUGGAAGCACUUGGCAGGAGGAGGUCGGCCUCAAAAGCAGCAGCUUUUCCUUUCACGCGAAGAUCUCACGGAAACUUCAGGAAUAAUCACGGUCAGAACAGUUACUCGCGCGGGAGAGGUCGUUCAAAUGCUCGAGACAUCGCACCAACAGGUUCAGAUGAUGAAGACGAAGAGUUAGGGAACGGGAAUAAUGAUGGUAGCAAAGAGUCUUCUUCUGCAGAUGAGGGUUCUCCAGACAUAAGGCACAAGAGAAGUCGGAGAUGGCCGGCCCCACCACGGUCCUCACCAGCUAGGACAGCGGGCAAUGCCGAUGUCGGUGGUGAUGAAAAUGACGAUUUAGGGCUUAUUAGAGAAAAUGUCAGCACAUCUCCUUUGCGGGCAGGGAAUAGGGAGAUGCUCGCAUGGGGUAAGAAUGGCGCACGGAGUCAAACGCGACACGGCAAUUCUAGUGGCUCGAAUGGGCGGUUGGCAAAGGGCGGGCGCAUGGCCAAGUUGGCAGAAUACCUCCGGAAUUUAGAUGAAAAUGAUAAUGAGCUUGAUGUACAUCUGAUUCUGCUUCCGCUGGAUGGAGAAAGUCUGAUUAAUUUGCCAACAUGGUAUCUUUGCUGUCGGCCAUCCUCAUCAAUUCGACACCUUCGCCAAUUCGUCGCUCAUAAGACAUCUCAACAAGCUGAAGAAGUUGAAAUAUAUGGAAGGAAACCUCAGUUUGGAGAUACGGCUAUUAAAGAUGAGGCGAAGUUGGAUCAUUUGGAAAGCUUAGAAAUAUUAGCAGGAGAUGAAUCUCUUGCCAAGCUUUGUGCUUCAUUUAUUUCUGCUCGAGGGGAUAUGGAAUUGGUUUAUGCUAUAAAGAGGCAAAGCUAGAGAACAAAACCUGCGCCGGUACCAACAAUUCCCGUAUUGAUACCUCCUAUCAUCUCUGCUAUGAAAAGUAUGUAUAUAACACAUCAAUACUAGAAAAUUGCGACCCAACAUUGACCUAGUUUGUGAUGCCGUCGUUGAAUUUGCUCGAGGAUCUUUUCGAGAACCAAGAAUCAGGUAAGUCAUGGAUCAGAAAUCAAGUCGGUCCCGAUUUGAUGCGUGAGCGAACUCAAGAAAGAAAAGGAAAAUGGUAUCAUGUAUUUUUCUUUUUUCCUUUCCUUUUUUUUCAGCUUCUUCUUAGGUGAACAUCUAAUUUUUCUUUCCUCUUCUUGUUCUGUUGUUGUUCUUGUUUCCGCACAUCGGCAAUUUCAGUUAUAGUUUGUGCUAUAUAUUAUACAUCAUCAUGUUGUAUGACCCAUCUGUUGUCGUCACUAGGUGGCUUGUAUUUGUUGGACUCUGAAUCUUCAUUAGCAUCUGUAUUGGAUUAGAUAUCUAAAACUUAGUUGUUUUGUUAGGCAA